AGGAUGCACUUGGCACUUGCCAUCUUGUCUGGUGGGAGAGAGGCAAGCAAGCAAGCAGGCACGCAGCAGCAGCUUCAGCUAGCAGGCAGCCAGCACCCGAGCUUCCAGUUGCGGUGCUCUUGUGGCUAUCUGUCAUCUAACAGUCACAAGUAACUUACGACACUCAGAGGCCAAACUUCAACGACUCCUGACGUCUUAUUCUCUCACCGCCGCUGGACUGUACUUUUCUACUUGAAGGGUCCGAGAGGAAUGUUUACAUUAUGAUUCCACACCUGUUGGCGAAACUAGCUCACUUGAGCUAACUCGGCUAGUCGGCAAAUCGAAAAAGAGAGAGAAGUGGGCUCACAAACCGGGCCGGGCCUGCCUCCGACUGAAGUCCCGGGGACAGCUGCUGAACAUCUCGGACAAGGGCCUGCUUGUUGCGGGGCUCGCAAGGACACAAGGACGGCUGACCGGGUGCCAGAGAGGCCGGGGAGGAGUGGAGUGACUGGACACCGCGUGAGGUCUCAGGAGUUUGGGACAGUCUUGGACCGUGUUUGUGACUUUUCUCCGAGUGGACUGAGCGAGAGGUAAAUGGUAUGGAAAAGUGCUGUGGUGGUACGUCUCCGUGUUGUGUCCACCUCCAGUGAAUUUAUCAGUAGAAGACGGGACGUGCGCCGCUUCGUUUCAUGUGGGAAUACACUGACUCGACGGAGCAAGCCAACAUGUCGAAAAUGCCAGCGAAGAAGAAGAGUUGUUUCCAGAUCACGAGUGUGACGCAGGCUCAGGUAGCGGCCAACAACACCGCAGACGACACAGAGAGUCUGGACGACCCGGACGAGUCCCGAACAGAAGAUGUGUCACGGGCUGACCUUGCUGUGUGCGAUAGGAGCUCGUCCGAGGAAACCUUAAACAACGUGGGAGACACGCUGGAUGCACAGGCUGCUUUGACAGCUCCUGUCAACGGGGGUCUCGCCAAUAAUAAAAAUGCAUGCGACGGUCGUGCGACCCCACAGCAUUCGGUAACAAGUGUGCCCAUUGUUCCGCCCCCCACUGCCACUGUCUCUACCAGUGUUGCACCUGCGAAUACUUGCAGCUCUCGCUUCAGGGUCAUUAAACUCGACCAUGGUACGGGUGAGCCUUUCAGAAGAGGAAGAUGGACUUGCACUGAGUUCCAUGAGAAAGACUCUGAUUCCAAUGGUAAUCGGACUGUGGAUAGCAUCAAGCCAAAUGUAACCGUCGAUCACAGUACAGAACGGGACAGUGGAAUAGGGACCAACAGUAACACCGUAGUCUCCACCAGCACUUCCUCCUCACAGGCUUUGGAGAAUGCCGUGGACGACGGCAUUCAUGCCACUCUUUCUUUAGAGACUGUGCAGCAAGGCUUUGGCUUGGUCCCCCAGAUUGGGAGUGGAGCUAGUGCCUUCCAGCCCACAGGGUACUCAACAGCAUCAAAACAAACGCAACACGCUCAGGUCAAUAUGCAACCUGCUGCUCCCCAAUUUCUCUCCAAUAACCUCAAGGGCGUGCAGCAAAGUUCCCUGCAGCAGAAGUCUCCCAUCGUGCCGCCCGUUACACAAGUCCAGCACUUUCCUUAUUCGAACCAUCCCACAAGCCAGCUAGACUACCAGCGCUUGGGUUCAAGCACUCUUCUCAUAACGCCUCACUCUGUGGGCCCCUUGUCUCCUAUCAUGCUAGCUGGUUCGGUAGCCCAGGGGCUAGGUGUCGAUGCACCCGCCGCCCAGGGCCUCCUGCUCCACAUGGCAACAGGAGGUGCCCAACAGCAGCACCUGCUCAACCCUACACAGCCCUCGGGUGGGUUAGGUCUUGCCGCCACCUCCUCUGCCGCCAGCGGUGGCCUGAAUGUGCCUGUCACAGUGGCCACUACCACCACUACCCCUACAGCUGGGACGAGUCUGAUUCCUGGCACCGGAGGAAUCAGCACAGGCCUUCUCCCGGGAUUCAGCAAGCAGACAGAAGAUGGUUGGCCCAAAUCUGAAGUCCUACCUCAGCCCAGUGGCAGUGUGAUGCCAGUGAAAGACAGUAUGAAGCCUUUCAUCAGAGAAGGUUUCGGCCUUCCCAGUCCUGCUGUCAACAGCCUCUUUGGCAUCCAUAUAACCAUGGAUGGUGAUGAGGACAGUGCAUCCGGUGCCAGCGUAGUUGCCAUCGACAACAAGAUUGAACAGGCCAUGGAUCUGGUUAAGAGCCACCUAAUGUACGCCGUCCGCGAGGAGGUGGAGGUGCUGAAGGAGCAGAUCAAGGAGCUGUACGAGCGCAACUCCAUGCUGGAGCGCGAGAACGCCGUGCUUAAGUCGUUGGCCAACUCGGAUCAGCUCAACCAUCUUUCCAGCCACGGUAGCACGUCGCCCCCGCAGCAGCAGCAGCAACAUGCAGCCGUUACAAACAACAACACCCCCUUGACACACCUUGAGGGGGCUCAGAGCAUCCCCCACCAGCCCAACAUCACCUCGGCGUGAUCCCCUCCCUACCCGGCUCGCACCCAAACGCAUCCACCAAUCCAUACGCUCAAUUCCACAUCUCUGUCGAGCAUAGACAAAAGCAUACCGUCCCUACAACGCUGCGCUGCGUUUGUUGUGCUCCACUUGAGGGAAAUAGGGACAUCAUCUUGAAAGAGAGCCACCGUCACUCCUUGCAAAGUCUUAUUGAAAGCGACAAGCUGAAGUGAGAUGGUGGCACAAGGAAGCAGGAGCACGGCGGUGGCGGUGGGGCAACAAGUGGUCCAAAAGGGCAGUGCAAGACAUGUGGGAUGGCCCCAGUGGCAAGUGAAGCUCCUGCAAUGUCAGCGUCCACACGCCACAUCAUUCACGGGGGCCGGAAGUGACCAAGGGAUGAGUCAUCAUCAGCAGAGGCGUCCGGCGGAGCAAGUCCAGUGCCUCCUUCAAGAUAUGCUGCAACAUAAAGCUUACUUUGGUUGUUGUUUCCUCAGAGCCACCAUCCUUUGGCAUGUAACAUUUUCAUUAUUAGUUCACGUUUAGUAAUUGCAUUUAUUUAUUUCAGGGCUGCUAUUUUCAUAAUGUCACGAACAAUGUCACAAAAGACAAAAAAGUCUAUUGUCUUUUUUUAGAAUCUCGUCUGGACGUUUUGGUAGUCUCUCGCAAACAAGCAAAGUGUCAGUGAGUGAAGCGGAGGGUAGGAAAGAAACACUAAAGCAGAACUCGCAUGAGUUGAAAUCCAGGUUGAAUGUAUAUUUUGUAACGUAUUCAGAGUGAACACGGUAUGUACAGUACAGGAGAGGAAAAUCUGCCAAGAAAUGAAAUAUGUGCUGGGAGGUUUUUGAUAAAGUGAACUAUUAAUUCUUCUUUGUCUAAAUGGGUAGAAACAAACAAAAGAUUAGGGGCUUGGUUGGGGGAUGAAAAGCUGUGAAAUUGUUGGACCUAUUUUAUAACCAAAGACGCAACGCUGUGUAAGUCUUUUUCUGUUUUCACCCCUUUAUCAUCAUUAUUAUUAUUAUUUUUUAAAAGGCACACCUUCCCCCUUUAUUUUUUGGCUCUUUUGCAUGACCUGCAUGCCCUAUACGCAAACCACUUUCUUAAAGUCAUGUUUUUAAAUUCAGCACUCAAUUUGUGUUCUCUGUCAGCGCGUCUGUCUGUGGCUGUAGUUGUGAUGAAAGGGAACAAAUGCAGCGGAAUUGACGGAGAAGAGAGAAAAUGCGCCAUUUUUUUGUUACAUUACAGAGUUUAAUGUAUUUAACAAAGUUAGCAUUUCAAUUUUGAUUGUAGCAUACCAACACGCCCUUAAAAUAACUUCCAUAAUUACAUCAUUUACAGACCAUAAGGAAACUAUGAAACAUUUCUUAACUUGAAGCUGGAACCCAGACAGCGGUGACAUUUUGGGAUGUUCAUUGCGUCACCUGCUGUCGUCAGGUGAUACAGAUGCGGUCUAUGUGGCUUAGAACCAAACCAAAAUACUUGGAGAUUGUACGAGUUAUCUUACUACAAGAUGAACGCCUUUUUUUUUUCUUUAUUAAACCACAAAUGCAUUUAUUCCUCUCUUUGUUUUCCUUGUGAUUAAUUUGAAGGAGAUCUCGCGUACAUGCCAAGUGUACUGUACGGAAGUGAUCACUGAGCCUUGGAGAAGAAUCUUAACGAUGCCCUUGUAAUGUGCUGUUCAGACAUUUUAAUUUUCAGACUAUAAUAAAUGACUGUUUUAUUAAGAA